AUGUCAAAAUGUAGAAUCCUGAAAAGUCAACAUGAUCAAUUACUUAGACAAUAUUCACAACAAUACAGUUACGAUGAACUUCAUAAAGUGGCUAAAUUUAAUUAUGACUGUGCAUUUAAUGUUAUGAAUAUCAAAAAACUAGACAACCCUAACAACAAUAUCACUGCCAUCCUUAACAACUACAGCAUAGCUAAUGAUAGUAGAAAUCCGAUAAUUUAUGAAAAUAAUGAUGAAUUGCACGGUAUGUAUGCAAACGUUGAGAAAUUUGAUAAAUUGUUUUGUGUUCCCAAUCGUACCGACACUGAUAUUGUCGGCAAAGUUAGGGAUUGUAAGCAUAAGACAACUAAUCAAAGUUCAGAUUUAUUACAACAAUAUUAUAGUCAAUAUCACAAAAUAAUUACCGAUUGUAUGGUUGAACAAAAUGAUAGAAUAGCUGCUGAACUGAGCGCCUAUACUAAAGUCGAUUGGUUGGCCAAUAGUUUAGAUGGUGAUAGUGUUAAACGUUUUCUCUAUUCAACAUGUUCAUUGGCAAUGUCAACAUGUAAAAUACUAAAAAGUCACAAUGAUCCAUUGAUAAUUAAAUUGAAACAGAAAAUCAGCUUGGAACAAUUUGGAAAAUUUGCCAGUCCAUAUUAUGAUUGUGCAUUCAAAGUUAUUGGUCAAUUAAAUUAA